CCGGUACCUUCAGGGAGAACCACUCCUGUGGAAUAUAGCGCUCGAUGGCGUGCUUCGACAAAAAAACGGCCACAUAGCGCUGCAAUUAUUCUUGAACAACCCCUUGAUUGUCGUCUAAUAACAAGGCAUUUAAAAAGGACAUCGAUCGAUCCCAAAUCCUUUUUUUUUUACAACACACAUAACCCCAUAAUCCUUCUUUCUGUUCACUCUCAUCUAUUUACGCUUUCAGACUCCUAUCACUCUCUUCCGUUCUCCACAUCCCUUACGAUAACUACCACUACGUCUGUCACUACUUCCACUAGCACCGCCACCCACCAUAAAUAUAUACCGUUACCAAUACCCACUACCACUAAUACUAUUAUAUACUACAACUACUAUUACUAGCACUUAGUACCAUAUCAUCACUACAAUCAUUACAUUGAAUCCUCUUCUCGUCGUUAUCUAACAAUCUCAAACAGCAGACAUAAAAAAAGGAAUGUCAAAGAAUACAGAGAAAUUCAACGAGAGCGAAAUAGAGAGUGAUGCCUCUAGUGGAUCUCUUGAUGGAGACAUCUAUGCUAAUGCACCAGCGGGCAAAGCCACGAACUUUCAAGCCUACGUCAACAUUGUCAGUGUACUUGCUGGCGCAGGCACUCUUGGACUUCCAGCUGCUCUUCGUGAUGCAGGUUGGGUCGGUCUUAUUGUCCUUGCUCUUGCAUGUGCCAUGGCGAUUUACUCAUAUCAAAAACUAAUCAAGUGUCUAUAUUAUAACGGUCAGACUCGGUUGAGAGAAUACCCCGAUGUUGCCCAUGCGGCUUUUGGGCUGCCAGGGCGAAUCAUUGUCACAUUCUUCUACAACUCCAUUGCUUUGGGUGGACCUAUCCUAUACCUCAUUUUGACCGGAACCAAUAUCCACGAUCUUGCUUCCUCCGUCGGCAGUACCAUUACUUUGAAGCAAUGGAUCAUGAUCGCUGCAGGCAUCAUGGUAGUACCUAUUAUUCUUACCAAGACCAUGCGUGAGGUCGCUUUCCUUAGUAUCUUUGGUGCUCUCUCUACGGCCAUUGUCGUCUUCAUUGUCAUGGUCGCAGCCAUUGUUCACUCUAAAGAAUUUGAUGAAGUUCUUAAGCCCAAUGGGGUGAUCGAGCCUGUAAGCCAUGUUGCAGUCAUUCCCCGUAACCUGCCUCUCGCCCUCGCUACGUUCGCUUUCUCUUAUGGUGGCAACGUUGUCUUUCCUCACGUAGAGGAGAGUAUGAAGCACAAGCGUGCUUGGAACAAGAUGGUCCUCUGGGGGACAUUGACUGUCACUCUUCUCUACUUUCUCUGUUCAAUCUCUGGAUACGCAGUUUAUGGCGAUAUUGUCAAAUCACCCAUCUAUUUGAAUCUCCCUGGUGGAGCCACCCGUACCAUCUCCACGAUUACUAUCACACUCCAUGUCUUGUUGGCGAUCCCUCUUUUCAUGACCACCUUUAAUCUCCAGGUGGAAACCGCACUGAAGCUUGAUUCCCGUGGACUGUCGACCAAGACUGAAUUCAUUUACCGUGCCAUCAUCCGUACUCUGUCCAUGGUCCUUGUUGCCACUGUUGCGUUGUUCUUCCCGUACUUUGGUCAGAUGAUGGCAUUGCUUGGGGCCUUGAGUGAUGGCAUGUUGACGUUUGUCUUCCCCGUGCUAUUUUAUCUCAAACUCUAUGGCUUUAAGAGGGUUGGCAAGCUCGAGUUGGCUGUGAUGGUAUUCAUCAUUAUUGUGGGCACAGCUGGAUCUGCCAUUGGAACGGUGGAUGCUGUCAAGGAACUCGCAAAGGCAUAUCGGGGUGAAUUAGAUCACUAAAUAGUAUAUACAUAUUUUUAUUUAUUACCCUAAUAUUCCAUCAGAUAACGGAAUGUGGGGAAGACAUACGAAACGAAGCCUUUAAUAGUUUCAAUACCAUUCAUUUCGCUAUUCGUCAGCUAUUAGAUAUAUAGUCAUUGCAGUUAUCAGUAACCAUUCAUAUUGUAUAUAUUUACCACUAUUAUCGUUAUCAUUAUUAUUGUGAUCAUCAUUAUCAUUGUUAUCACUGUUAUCAUUAUCAUUAUCAUUAUCAUUAUCAUCAUUGUUAUUAUUAUUUAUUUUUAAAAUAAAUCUACCUGAUUGAAG